AUGUUCAUAACUUCUGAUGGAAUAAAGCUACACGAUUUAAUCAAACUUCUCGAAGUCGAACAUCAAAUUGUGUCUCAAGAGGUGAAGGGGAGCAAGGUCGACUCUGUGCUGAACAAAAAUCAAAAUCAGACGCUGGACAAUGUUGUCGCGAAGGAGAACAAUAUGGUCAGCGACAAAGAUCGCCUCUUUGUCGGCUUCGAGAUCUCCAAUCCUCCUUCGCUUUCGAAGUUGGAAGUCGAACGCGGCGCGACAUAUAAGGUGACCGACACGUACAUAAAAGCGAUCAGGACGGGAAUCACAUCACUGUCGGCUGCUUACAAGCCUAGCGUGACGGCUUUGGCUGUUUCGAAGGAUCACAAUGAGCGUCUUUACAAAGCGAACAUAUCGGGAAAUCGUGCCGUGGACCAGAAUAUUCCUCCCGGUACAGUUGUCGACACUAAAAUUGUUUCGCCUGUCAUCAACGAAUUCUACCUGAACGCGCACUCGGCUUUCCAGGGUACCGCAAAAACACCGAAAUACUCGUUGUUGGCUGACGAUUCCAAGAUUCCUCUUGAUGUCAUCGAAGGAAUGACACAUGCUCUUUGUUUCUUGCACGAGAUCGUGACAUCUACUGUGUCGGUCCCUGCGCCACUUAUUGUGGCCGAUCGUUGUGCCAAGCGUGGGCACAACGUCUACAUUGCAAACUCGUACGUUUCGCCUUGUUUUUGGUGGUGUAUGUUCUUUCAGUUGAGCAUCAUAUUUGCAGAAACCAGAGGGAAUGCUGCUGUGAAUAGCAUUGAAGAAGCCAACGAAAAGCUCGUCAACCACGGUGAGCUGGAGAAGGUUCGCUACAAUGCCUAG